UUAUCGCGAGACGUGCAACAACUAUCACAUCGCAGAUACCUGCUAACCUAGCUGGACGACGAGUCUCCUCAUCUUUGAAUGUGAUACGAGUGUUUUCGUGGAUUUAAUGUUAGCCAUCGAAGAUAUUUGGCCGCCGACAAUCAAGAGUAAUUGCCGUCCUUCGUCUUUGGUUGUUUCCAUUUCAUUUACACAGUUAACUUGAGUGCUAGCUAGGACGGGCUUGUAACGUUACUGGCUACGCUUCACUGGCUCCCUUGUUUACACUUUAGCUAGAGUUAAUGUGUUAGCUAAUGUAACGUUACACUAGCAAACACCAAAUGCAUUUUCUGUUUACAACCAGGUUUCUUACAGCUAGCUAGACGUUGGUUACGUUUAUGUCCUUAGACUAUGCAAACUGGCUCUCGGUACGACACCGCAUAGCAUGUCAUCACUAAAUGAUACCAGCGUUAGCUUACAACAUAAAGCAUUGACAGCAUAUCUUUACUGAGAUCGCUAAAAGCGCCGCACAGGUUGAUUAUCAGUAUUUGUUUAACCACAAGGAGAUUGGGUUAAGAAAGGAAAUCGCCGCGAUAGAUGGCUAACGUUAGAUAGCAUGGCAACAUCUCAUGGCAGUUCACAGAUGCCUCAGUAGAGGAGUGUACAGUAGUAACCACAUCGUCCCUCAACUGUCUGUGGAGGGCAACCUCAGAAGAAAACAGCGGUGUCAGUCAGUCGUUGACAUUAAAAUAUCAUCACUGAAACAAAGGACAAUGGAGUCUGUGAGGAGUGCUUUCCACGCUCAGCUGGCCACAGUCAUGGACUCGCUGCUGGCAGCUGCUGUUUGCGAGAUCGCCAAGAUCUUUGAGGGCAGCCUGUGUGAACAGCAGGCGGAGCUAGCGCAGAAAACAGAGGAGAUCUCUAUCCUCCGAGGCAAGCUGGAGAAAGUGGAGAGGAGGCAGAAGGCAAAAGGUGGAGGAAGCGAGGAAGGGGAGAUGCCAUCAGGAGACCGAGAUGGUAGCUUGAGGCAUCAGACCCUGACAGGACCAGGGCUGAAUGUGGCAAAGGAUGUGUCGUCUUCUCAUUCAGACCCAGUAGAUGGACUCAGUCAGAGCCUCAGCGAGCUGAAAGAGGAGGUCACAGGCCAGGAUGGAGCUUCUGUAAAACAUGAGCGUGCUGGAUCACGGCCUAUCCUGGCUUCUGUUGCAGGCCAAGCCCAAGAGAGAUGUCUUGCUACUGUGGACCAGAGGCAGAUAGAUACACAGUCUGCCACACAAGCCAAGGCAAAAUUGUCUCACUGGGAUCAGGGCAGUCAUGGUGCAGACCACAGACCCCUCCAAGAUCAAGCCUCUACCCCUUUUCUCUCCAUCUCCCAGAGCGGACGUUGCUCUCCCAGGCCUGACCCAAGCUUAGCUCAACCAGGGGAGUGGUUACCAGGGUUGGAUGCCAGCCGAGGUGAGGUGUCUGGUCUGGAGAACCUGCAGGCAGAUGGUUCUGGUCCAGCUAGCAGCAGCACUGGCACACCCUGCUUCCGACCAGGUUUUGGCUCUGAUGAGACAAGCAACGAAGAUGAUGAUAGCUCUUUCCCUUUUCUGGACCAGGAGCCUGAGAACCAGAACUCCAAUCAGAACUCAGUGCAGGGCCACAGCGUGGGGCAGAGGGGGGCUCGGCAGCUUCAACCUCAGGCACCCUCUGGUGAAUCACCAUGGAGACCCCGAGACGACAGGGGUGGGAGAGGCCCCAUAAAUCACACACGGCGGGUCACAACUUUUGGCAACAGAGACCCUCUCCGACCACAGUCCAAUUCACAGUCGCUCACGCUACGACACACAAACACUCUCAGCCAUCCUGUUGCUCCUGGUGGAGGGAACGGACGACCUUACACCUGCCCAUACUGUACCAAGUGUUUCACCUACCCCUCCCACCAGCGCAGACAUCUUUUACGCCACACAGGAGUCAGACUGCAUCCCUGUCAGUUUUGUGACAAGAGUUUUCUCACUCCUUCUGAGCUUACUGUGCACACUCGCACGCAUACAGGCGAGCGGCCUUUUGGUUGCGCUCAGUGUGGUAAACGUUUUGCCCGCAGCGGGAACUUGAGAGCCCAUCAACGGGACGUUCACAUGGGGAAGAGGCCCUUUGCUUGUACAGAGUGUGGGAAGAGAUUUGCUCACAGGGGGAACCUGAGGGUGCACAAUCACAGAGUCCAUCAAGGAGAUCCCUACUACAUGGAUGAUCAGCAGGAGUCCGACAUGGGACCUAAUCCCAUUUGAAAGACUUUAAAAAUAUGGUUCUGCACAUUUCAUUUUGCUAGCAAAAUAAACCCUAGGAACAUGUUUCAGGAUUGCCUAUUGUGUCCCACAUAAACUUACAACGGAACACUUAAAAACCGUUUGAAAGGAUUUGAUGUGUUUGUUUUAUUUGUUUUGUCAAAUUUUAUGUGGGACAACCAUAAAAUGAACCACCGUAACAUUUUAUCAUAUGUAAUCAAUGACGUACAUGGUAAAAGUAAAUUUUUGAGUGUCUUAAUUUAAUUUUUAAAUUUAAUUCUGUGUCAGAAUUGUGGGUCACACUAAAAGGGAGAGCUUUUUAUUUAUCUGUAUUGUAAAUGACUAGAUAAAAAAUCGUAAGAAAUAUUGGCUAUUGUAAAGAAACAAAUGUUUCUCCAGGAUGACCCUGUCCAAUAAUGUUCUUUGCUCACAGUGAAAUGUCACUGAACAGACUGAACUAUAUUUUCAUUAUAAGACAAUAAAGAAAGUUGGUAUUAGAUUUAGACAUGUGGCAUGCAGAGGUAGGAUAGCAGGUCUCUUCCAUCACAAUAGUGCUUAUGUACUGCCCAUCUCCUCAAGCCUUUAUUUUGACUGUGCUGUAAAAUGGAAAUGUGUUGUUGAAGAAGAACUGUGCUUUUAUUUUACAUCCUGUUUUGAAAUUAAAUAAUAUACUCGCGUAUAAACUA